UUUCAAAGAUGUUCUCUAGUCUUGUAGGCAAGAGCAAGAAGCUCUUCAAGAAUUCAAAGAAGUUUAUUGAAGAAAAGACAGUCUCAGCAGUCGAGUACAGCACCAAAAAGAUCAGCAAAAAGUACCAGGAAUACAAGGACAAGCAUCCUGAGAAAAUAAGUAACGAAGAGGCUCUGAUCAGGCUAAAUUUAAUCCAUGAAAACACAUCUAUGUUCCCUGAGUUUGAAAAAGACAGUUUUAGGUACUUUUUCCCCAAAAAUAGCUCAGAAGGGUGAAAAAAAUCGUCUAAGGAAAAUACCGAUCAAGAUGAAAGUAAGGAAGAUAUUGAGGAAGCUUCACCCAUGGUCGACUAUAUCUUCGUAAUUGGGUUUGAUCACAAGGUUGGAUCUAUCAUUGAGUAUUUCCACCCAGAGCCUGACCCUGCCGUGCUCAAUGAGGGGUCAAAGAAGUCCCUCACAUUUAUUGGGCUUCCUGACGGAAGUCAUGCAACAGAGAGUGAUUACAGCUUCUUCAUUUUCCCUGAUGUUCAAGGCAACUUAUACUACGGAGUCUCUUGCUUUAGGCAAAUAAAAAGCUCUGAGCUUGAGGUCAAGGACGAAAGUGUGUCCCGGUCCUUUGUCCAAAAGUCAGUCUGCGUGUUGUCGAGGACACCUAUAUUUGGAACCAUCAUGAUCAAGCUCUUGCCCACCACUGAGGCAUUUUUCAACCAGAAGAACUUCACUGAUACCAAAAUUUUGGAAGAAUUCUUCUUAAGCGCAAAUUCUGUCGGUUGCAAAAUGAUAAAAUACAUUGAUUUCUACACCUGUUGUGACAUGAAGCGAAUCGUGAUCUUCCUGAAGCAAAACUUGCUAUCGAUUUUAAAGCUAAUUCUUCUCGAAGGAAAGGUCAUUGUCUAUUCUACCAAAGCUUCCAAGGUGUCUACGUUCAUAAUGACUCUACUUUCGCUUUUGCCAGGAGCAGCGAACUUCAAUUCAGACGAGAACGAUGUAACACAUAAGGCGAUACUGCACUUCAAGGAGUAUGGGCUUCCAUUGAAAGUGUUUAACAAUAAGUGAUUGUUCCUGCCCCUUUCCACUCUUAAUGACCUUGACCAGCUAGAGGAAUGUAAAGGGUUUGUCGUCGGCUGUACUAACAGACUUCUUAUGCAGUACCCUAAGAUCAAGAGCGACUGCAUCGUGAAUCUUGAUGAUAAUGACAUUGAUUUUAAGCAAACUGAUCUCUCUAAAAUUUCAAAAUCCUUGACUUCUUAUGAGAAAACCUUUAUAAAUAGCCUAGUCAAGGAGCUAAAGCACGAUGCUUUCGAUAUGGAGCCUAAGCAGAUGACAUGAUGGGACCCUGCUGACCAAAGAGAAAUGCAGAUGAUCUUGUCUCCUGAUCGUAAUGACCUGAGGGCCAAUGAAGCCUUUUCUAAAUAUUUCAAGCAACUUCUGUGUAGACUCUCUUAUGCCCAGCAGUGCAUCAAGAAAUUUGAUCUGCCCAGUCCAGAGCCUGAACUGAUCUCUGAUGAAGAAGUGGAAAGACUAGAGGAAAAAUAAAAUCAAAGAACUCCUCGAAAACUUAGAAGCUGAGAAUGCUAAGCAUACAAAUGAAGAACCAGAGGAAUCUCUAGACACUGUAGAAACAUCUAAUGCUACUGUAGAGGCUGCUCCAGGGAUCCAGGAGGCUGGGCUCUCUUCAGAAUUAGAAAAGCCACCAAGUGAAACGGAACAAAACCCACCGAUGCAAAGUUUCCCAGCCCAAGUAUUCCUAAUGGAAGAAUCCAAGUCAUCUGAUCAAUCCUCUGACUCUCCUGUGGCUGAAUACCGAGCUGUUUUACAAUUGCUAAAAGAGUACAACCUAAAAUUUGUUUGCGAGUGGACCAAAACAUACAAUUUCCAUAAAUGGAAAAGCGAGAAGGACAGCUCCAGCUCCUUGCUCGACUCAGAUGAGAACCAAGGGGAGCUAUUAAAAGAGGUAUUAUCAAAAAGGCAGAAUAUCGGGUUGAAAUAGGCCGGCAUUACCUUGAUCACUAAGCAAACCUUAACUCUUGC